AUGAAGAUGUUGCUGCCGAUUGUGAUGAUCAACUUCUUCUCCGAGGCGGACUACAUUGCUGGACGCUUUUACGACGAAGAGACGCUCUACCGCUUGGCCACCAUGCUGGGCUGGUCAGGAAGCCUGCUUGUUAUCAUCCCGCUGAGCCAUCGCUUGUGCUACUGCUUCUGCGAUGAGCACAGCUCCCCUCUCCGUGAGACGCUCACCAACAUCUGUUUGGGAGCUCUUGUGGCGUUGAUGUGGGUGGUGGGAUUUUUUGUGAACUUCCGACUGGUGGAUUCCCAGGUUCGAGAAAUGGAGCGACGCUUGGACCACCUGAAAACCGAAGCCGAAAGCCUGAGGCGGAAGGGAGAAGAGCUGCGAAGCCUUCACCUCAACUUGGAGGCAGACCUGAAGGAAAGCAAGAGCCAGAACAAGGCGUUGGGAUGGGGAUGGAAGCGGCACCACGAUUGUUCUGAGUUGAACUUGGAGAAAGAAGCGCAGGCCCAAAUGGAAUCCAACAAAAAGUUGGCACAAGAGGUCUUUGCCAUGAGAUCAGACAUGAGCAAGUUGGGCCAGUUCCGUGCAAGCUUAGACCAGCUGAAAUGUCACGGCCCCCACCAAAUGCAUAUUGAUCCCCGGCCGCAAGAGACCGUUGUUUUCGAAAUUCAAUUCCGCCGUUUCGACAUGCACAUUGUGCUCCUCUUCGUUGUCACUCCCCUGCUCAAUGCAGCUCGUGUGGACUUGAAGGACGUCCGAGCUUCUUCGGGAACUGCAGAUGAGGACAAGACGGGAGGAGACAUGAAGCUGCAGCGGCUCAGAGCAUUUAACGAGACUGGUCUGCGCAUGCUCAGGGAAGGCGCCGACCUUCCUUUGGUGACAAGUUUCGCCGAGACUGACGCUGCCACAGAACUGCCGUUGGAGUGGAGAUCCCAGCUGAAGAUUGCAAGGAAGCUUGGAGAGGGCUCCUUCGGAACAGUCUACAAGUGCAAGGUCCUUUGUGCCAACACAAGUUCAUACGUGACAGUGAAGUUCAUAGAAGGAAAAUCUUCCAUGGUGAAGAGGGAGAUCAAGCUCCUAAAAGCGAUGAGAGGCGUUUCAGAUUUCUGUACUUCAGCGAUUGGUUCGCCUUCUUCUAUUGAGACGGCGACCGGCUACUGGAUUAUGAUGCCACUCAUGAACAGUGGUGAGCUUCAAGACUUGCUUCUACAGUGCGAAGCCAGCGCUUGCAGAUACUGCAGUGCUGCCAGAAACUGCUGGUCCAAGCUGGGGGCUCCUUACACGACGCCCUACAUGCUCGCGCUCUUCCUUGACGUCGUCAGAGGUGUGAGGGCAUUUCAUGAGAAGACCGGCUAUCUUCACGCGGACUUAAAGCCGGAAAACGUGAUGAUCAACUGUCAGGGCGACGGCUGCUUCGCAGCAGUCAUCGACCUCGGUUUGGCUUGCGAUCCCAGAAAGGGCCAAUGCGGCCGCCGGGGCACACCUGGUUAUGUUGCUCCAGAGGUGUGGAAUGGUGAUCCUCAUGGUUCACGGUUGCCCUCACGUGAUGUAUGGGCUCUUGGAGCGAUCUUGUAUGAGGUGGUGUAUUCAAAUCUCCCUCCAUUCUACGCAGAUCGCAACGGAAGUAAGGCCACAGCGUACAACCCACAUCAUGAUCCCAACAUUCCACAGCCUCCCAAAGCCAUCGACGAGUUGGUGAUUCAAAUGCUGGAACCCGACUUUGAGCAACGUCCGAACAUUACGGCCAUCGAAGCAAGCCUGGAGGCCAUCAUCUAUAGCACCACUGAUUGGCGUGCCCUGAACAUGGUCAGCGAGUCCCCAUCAGAGCGCGGAGCCACCACGCCGAUUUCGAGCUGCCUGUCGGAGCAUCACGAACCCGGAUCGAUCACAGCCUCUGCGAUGCCUGAACGGAUCCGGCAUCAUGGCCGCGAUGUCAAAGACAUCGGCUGA